GGGAUUACAGGCUUGAGCCACCGCACCCGGCCUGAUAGAGUAAUUUUUUUAUUUAUUAUUAUUAUUAUUAUUUUUUGCCUUUUGAGUAAGCUACAUCAAAAGUAGAGAGAGAAAGGCAGAUUCCAUUGACCUCAUGCUGUCUUUAUGAGAUCUUACUGUUUGGGAAAGUGAGACUCUUCCUCUAUCAAAGAGUAAUGAAUUUUGCUGUUUUGAAAUAUCUGAAUUAUUGCUUUGGCUAAAAGAAUGACUUAUUUUACAAUAACUUAUUUAGUAAUAUAGAGUGUUUUAAGCCUUUGAUAUUUGACGAACUUUCCAAAAUCCAAAUCCAAAUUUGGUCUAUUUGACCUCUUUAACGUUUUAGAUAUUAGGUCCCCUGAGGUCUAGGAAAGACUUAGUUGGCUUAUUUGGUACGUUAAAAUCAUACAGGAAACAUUGUCAGAUGUUGUAUUGUGGGCAUGUCUUGCCAGAAAACGAUUCCAGAAUACCCCGAGAAUGACCACGUGUUCCUUCACGAAUGUUUGUUCAGUGCUGUGAGAUGUGGAGCCAGGGAGGGCUACUCAGGGCGUUCAUUUGGGGUGUUCUACAAAGAGCACCUCAAAUGCUGUGCAGAGAGUGCACAGUUGAGAUAAAGAUAAGGGAGCAAAGGGAAAGGAGGCAGCAAAAAGGCCUUUACAGUGACUCCCCCGACAAAGGUGGUGACAAGAAAAGCAGUUGAAAAGGCAGGGGAACUGCCCAAUGCUGCCAUGUUUGCAUGGUGCCCGAAACUUAAGCCAGAGCAGCACUUUACUAAAGAACCAUGGGAAUAGCUCGCUGCCUUCCCACAGGCACCAACCCUUUAGAUCAGGAUAAGGACCAGGACUGCAGAAUCCUAAUAAGAAUAAUGGCGGCCAAGGUGUCUGGGGACUGGAGGACACAUGUAGAACCCACUAUGUAUUGAAACAGACUGUUCUUGUCCUAGUGGACAUGGGAGCCGAGUGCUCCAUUACCUGUAUGUUAAGAUCCAUUUGUUGCAAGGGCUUAUGACAGUCAUAAGUGGUUACGGAGAAGCAGCUGUGAUGGCGAGGCAGGUGGAGUUUAUAUUACUAGUUGAGAGAUUGCCACAAAAACCCUGUUUGGUAUACAUAAUUCUCAUUCCAAAAUACAUUCUGGGAAUGGCUAUUUUAUCAUGUUUGACACUCCAAAUGACUUCUAAGGAAUUCCAGCUGAGAGUUAGGGUAGUGAAAUGCGUGCUCCACCCCACGAAAGCAAUUACAAACGUUCAUAAGCCCCUGAACGACUGGACCCCCAAAUAGCCCACUCCAUGAACCCCUAUAGAGCCUGGUCAAGAAGGGGGCCCAGUGGACUGGUCCACAAAAGAGAAUGGGACCUCUGAGCAAGCUGAGGCUGCAGCGAAGCCAACACAAGCCCCAGGAGAAUCAGCGCAGGAACAGCCUUGUGAAUCGGACACAGCCAUUUGCCGCUGAGGGACUUGGGUGGGGCCUGUGGCAAAGAUGGGGACAGAAACAUGUCCCUUUACCAUUCUGGUCCCAACCAUGGAAGCAGCCAGAGCUGGAUGUAACAACUCAGGCUGAUAUAUCACGCCCUCCAGCAAGUGCAGAUCAUUUCCGAGGGGUCCCCAGUGCCAGUACACACCAGUGCCAAAUAACAGGAUGGUGGAGAAACACUUUCCAGAAACCAAAAUCCAGGAAUGUGCAAACACAAACUGUUGCUAAGUGACAAGAAUACUUCAACUAAGGAGCACACUGACCAGCAGGCUCGUGAGUACACAGCUUCACUCGGUGCUCAACUCUUGUUACCUAUGUGACGACCAAGGGAGUCUUUGACAUGGGUGGCAGAACCUCCACAAAUCCCCUCCUUCAUACAGAAGGGGCAGGGCCCUGUUUCUCAGCAGGCUUGGGACACAGAUGGCUUGUCGUGAGACAAUUCUGCUAUCUGGUUCUGUGGGCCUGCUGCUCACCAGCAGCUGUAGGCACCCUGAAUGAGCUUGUGCACGUUCUCAGCGCCCCAGCAUACACUCUUCUGACACAAGGGCCUGACGCCACCAUCAGGAACCAGGUAGACAGUGUUGGGGACAGUACUCCGUUGCCUCCCACCUGGGACUCCAGGGUGCAGCAGAACCAUCCAGGUUGGACAGCGGCUGAAGAGCUCCAAGAAAUUAGGUACAUCACCGAAUUCUUCCAGAAGGUAGUUAAUCCAGUGUAUCUGGAAAUCCUGCGGACUGACAGUGAAGCCUGGCAGAGAUUUGUGGCUGUGGCUGGACUGCCCAGAGACGAGGCAAAUGCCCUCUAUGAAACUCUGAAGAAGCGUACAACAGAUGUGGUUAUUGACGACAAAGGCAAGUGGCAAAAUGACCGGCCGUUAAGAGAGUGGUUUUUGAAAAAGUGUCCUCAACUCCGAAGGAAUAUUCAGGAGUCCAUAAGGGAGAUUUAUGCCCUUGCAGAUGGGACUGAAAAGGUCCACAGAGACUCCACCAUCUCCAACGUGGUGUCCUACGCGGCUGGCACUGCCUCUGGCAUCAUGUCUAUUCUCGGCUUUGUUUUGGCACCCUUUACAGGAGGGGUGAGUCUGGCCCUCACUACAGCUGGGGCAGGGCUGGGAACACUGUCUGUUGUGGCUGGGUUCAUCACUAGCGCCGUGGAGGACUCACACACAUCAUCAGCACAUGCCGAAGCCAACAGGCUGUCUGUGACCAGCACUGACAAACUGAAAGAAUUUGUUGAAGUUAUGCGUGAAAUGCCACCUGACUCGCGUUCCCGCAUUAUUGAUUUUUACAAAGCCACAGAGUCCUUGGAGGAGGUCCGUGCCAUGAGGGGAGCCAGAGCCAGUGUCCUACACCUUCGGCAAACCUCAGCUGGAAAUGAUGCUGGGUUCGUCUUAACAAGUGAACGCACCAACUGGCUGGCGGGCAGAGGGGGCCGGAUGACAAAUGCAGCCUCUAUAGGCAUCCCACUUGUGCUAAUUGUGGUCAACCUUGUGUACGAGUCAAAGCACUUGCUUGAGGGGGCAAAUUCGUGGUCAGCGGAGGACCUGAGGCAGCAGGCUCGGAUGCUAGAGGUGAAUCUGCGCUCUCAGUCCUGUUGAUCUCCAAACCUAUAACGUAGUGGGGAACUCCAGAGCAGUGCAGCCACAAGGGGAGACGAGCUGAACACAGGCCAGGACAAAAUGCAGACAUUUUAUCAGAUGGAUAAAGGGGGCGAGGUAAAGUUGCUGGAACGGAGUGUUAGGGAGUUUGGCAUUUCUGUAGCUGAGCACAGCAGGGGAGGGGUUAAUGCAGACGGCAAGUGUGCCCGGGAGAAGGCAGGAACACCGGAGCCUGGAAUAAGGGAAGAGAGUGGACGGGAUAGUGUGGGGAAUGGGAAGAAACACUUUGCUUUAGGCUAAAGAAUAUACUGGGGGAGGAAUAGAGGGGAGGUGUCCAGGAGCAACCAAGGAGGAGGCCAGGAAGAGAAAGCGCUGAAGAUGCAGCAAGCCAAAAUGCAGACCCCCCCAUUUGUCUGAUGUUUUUCUAAGAAUGAAGUCUUUCCCUGGCGAUGGGCUCCCACCUGUCUCUCCAGCAUCCACUCCCCCUUGUCCUUCCGGGGGUGUCUCAGUUAGACAUUGGCUUCUUGAUGGUGGUGGUUGCAGUGUGAUGGGUCCCCUUUUAGGUUAUUUAAGGGUGUAUGUCCCCUGCUCGAACCCUGAAAGCCAGGCAAUGAGCCAUGGCCCUGGUCCCCAGCUGAGGACCAGGUGCCUCUGAGAAUCCAAACAUCCUGGAGAACAUGAGAACCAACCAAGAAAAAGUGGCUCAUACACGGUAGGCAAAGAGCCAGAAAGUUAUCUGAAAAGCAGUUUGCAGACUGAAGGCGGAAUGGAUCUCUAGAGCUGUCCUGCUGAGACCCCUGUGUGGACGUCCUAAUAAACUCAACUACUGGCCAAGCUG